UCAAAGUUCUAAAACGUUUGACUAAAGGCGUGUCUAAAACAUCAGCUAUUUGUGAUAUAAGGUAGUAUACGAGAUUACAAAAUGGGUUUCACAAAAUGAUGAAACCUGGAUCUAUGUUGGGCAUGUAAAGUGAUGACCGAUGAGUCAUAUGGAUUACUGAUCUUGCAUGACAGUCAUAUAACAUGUGCCAAAAAGUAUAUUUGAUGAUCAUCCAAGAUUAGACUUGUAGCACCACCUAACACAAUCAUACCAAAUGAUCAGUUAGAGAAGGGGAAAAACAGACACUUUACCAAAGCUAUCUAUGAAAGGAAUGGGAUGCAGCAAAUCAUGCCAUGAUACCUAUAAAUAGAAUACCAAUGAAGAUCCUCAUCCAUCAUCCUUUAAUCAAAUAUAUAUAUCAAAGAAAACUGGUAACCAGACAUCAUGAAGACCUUGUUCAUCUUCUCUCUCCUCACCCUUGCAGGUACCGAUGCUGUUGCGCAGCUAGACACUACCCGUAGCCAGUGCUCUGAACAUUGUCAGCAGCAGCAACAACCAUGGCAACAAUGGGGGCAGCAGAUGUACCCAUGUGUGGAAUUUCUGCAGCACGAGUGCAGCACAGUGACACUGCCAUUUGUCCAGUCCCGUAUGUGGCAACUUAGCAGCUGCCAUAUAAUGCGACACCAGUGCUGCCUGCAGCUAGCACAGAUCCCGGAGCAGUUCAGGUGCCAGGCCAUCCAUAGCGUGGCUCAAGCUAUCAUGCAGCCGCAGCCCCAGCGGCAAGCUCCGGUUGAGAUCAUGAGGAUGUCGCUUCAGACCUUGCCGUCGAUGUGCAACGUGUAUGUGCCGGCAUACUGCAACCGCCACGGCAUCCCCAUGGCCAGAUGCAGCGGUGGAUGGGUCUGUGAGUCAAUGUAGUGGUGGCAGUAUAAAAGUGCCCGGCAUGAUCAUGCGUGGCCUGUACGGAUGUACUAGUUGCAACUUGGAAAUAACAAUCAACAUCUGUUUCUGAAUGAAUAAAGCAUUUUCCUGAAUAA